GUGAUGCGGUCACUGUCAGUCCACUUGAGGGAUCCCCCGCCUAUGAACAAGUCGCAUUUAGUCCCUUCUGCUUUUUACCCUUAAUUAUUUGUCCCAGUUGUUUUUGUUUGCAUUUCCAAACGUUUGGCACGGUAACAUGGAGCACAGGACGCGUUGGACUCGGAGGCGGACCGAGCUAGUAUGAAUAUCCCUGCAGAAGCGCGUCCACAGGCGGACCAACUUUUCCGUUGGCCACGGGUGCUAAAUCAAAGCGGAAAGUUUACGCGCGUCGGCGCGAACAUGAAUUUAGCGUAAAGACUACAUCUCCGUUUUUUUUUUGUUGAGUUGACCGUUGGGAAGGAGGAACAAAAAUGCAGAAAAGUGUCCGGUACAACGAAGGACACGCGCUGUUUCUGUCGCUGCUGGCGCGCAAGGAGGGAACCAAGCGCGGCUACCUGAGCAAGAAGACCGCGGAGAACAGCCGCUGGCACGACAAGUUUUUCGCGCUUUACCAAAAUGUGUUGUUUUACUUUGAGAACGAGCAGAGCGCGCGCCCCUCCGGGAUUUACCUGUUGGAGGGGUGCACCUGCGAGCGCGCGCCAGCCCCGAAGAUGUCCACAGCAGCGAAGGAGCCCCUUGAUAAACAGCAUUACUUCCUCAUCGUGUUCGGCCAUGACGGACAGAAGCCCCUGGAGCUGCGGAUGGAGGAGGAGAGCGAGUGUGAUGAAUGGGUGGAGGCCAUCCAGCAGGCCAGUUAUUCUGACAUAAUAAUUGAGCGUGAGGUGCUGAUGCAGAAGUACAUCCACCUGGUUCAGAUUGUAGAGACUGAGAAGGUGGCGGCCAAUCAGCUACGCACACAACUGGAGGACCAGGACACUGAGAUCGAGAGGCUGAAAUCAGAGAUUAUCGCUCUUAACAAGACCAAGGAGAGAAUGCGGCCAUACCACGUCAACCAAGAAGAAGAAGACCCAGACAUUAAGAAGAUCAAAAAGGUGCAGAGUUUCAUGCGGGGCUGGUUGUGUCGGAGGAAGUGGAAGAUCAUCGUGCAGGACUACAUCUGCUCCCCGCACGCAGAGAGCAUGAGGAAACGGAACCAGAUCGUCUUCAACAUGGUGGAGGCAGAGACAGAGUACGUGCACCAGCUGUACAUCCUGGUCAACUUCUUCCUCAGACCCCUGAGGAUGGCUGCCAGCUCAAAGAAACCCUCCAUUAACCACGAUGAUGUCAGCAGCAUUUUCCUGAACAGUGAAACCAUCAUGUUUCUACAUGAAAUUUUCCACCAAGGAUUAAAAGCUCGGAUAGCCAACUGGCCGACUCUGGUUUUGGCCGACCUGUUUGACAUCCUGCUGCCCAUGCUGAACAUCUACCAGGAGUUUGUGAGGAACCACCAGUACAGCCUGCAGGUGCUGGCCAACUGCAAGCAGAACAGAGACUUUGACAAGCUGCUGAAGCAGUAUGAGGCCAACGGAGCCUGUGAGGGCCGCAUGCUGGAGACCUUCCUCACCUACCCCAUGUUCCAGAUCCCCCGCUACAUCAUCACCCUGCACGAGUUACUGGCACACACUCCUCACGAGCACGUGGAACGGAAGAGUCUGGAGUUUGCAAAGUCCAAACUAGAAGAACUGUCCAGGGUGAUGCACGAUGAAGUGAGCGACACCGAGAACAUCCGUAAGAACCUGGCCAUAGAGCGUAUGAUCGUGGAGGGCUGUGACAUCCUCCUGGACACCAGCCAGACCUUCGUCAGGCAGGGUUCUCUGAUCCAGCUGCCGUCGGUAGAGCGAGGCAAGCUGAGCAAGGUGCGACUGGGCUCGCUCUCCCUGAAGAAGGAGGGCGAGCGCCAGUGCUUCCUGUUCACCAAACACUUCCUCAUCUGCACGCGCAGCUCCGGGGGCAAGCUGCACCUACUCAAGCAGGGCGGAGUUCUUUCCCUUAUCGACUGCACCCUAAUAGAAGAGACAGACGCAAGUGACGAGGAGUCUAAGAGCGGCAGCACCGUGUUCGGCCAGCUGGACUUCAAGCUGGUGGUGGAGCCGCCUGACGCCCAGGCCUUCACCGUGGUGCUGCUGUCGCCGUCGCGCCAGGAGAAGGGCGCGUGGACCAGUGAUAUCAGCCAGUGCAUAGACAACAUCCGCUGCAACGGCCUGAUGACCAGUGUGUUUGAGGAGAACUCUAAAGUCACUGUUCCCCAUAUGAUCAAAUCCGAUGUGCGUCUCCAUAAAGAUGAUGUUGACAUUUGCUUCAGCAAGACGCUCAACUCCUGCAAGGUCCCGCAGAUCCGCUACGCCAGCGUGGAGCGUCUGCUGGAGAGGCUGACCGACCUGCGCUUCCUCUCCAUCGACUUCCUCAACACCUUCCUGCACACCUACCGCAUCUUCACCACCGCUGCCGUGGUCAUGGACAAGCUGGCCGACAUCUACAAGAAGCCCUUCACCUCCAUCCCCAUCAGGAGCUUGGAGCUGUUCUUCGCAACCAAUCAGAACAACCGAAGCGGCGAGCACGCCAACGACAAGUCCCCUCGCCUGGCGCGCAAGUUCUCCUCCCCGCCUCCCCUGUGCAUCACCUCACGCACCUCCUCCCCGGUGCCCGCACGCAAGCUCUCCCUCCACUCCCCCGUCUCCGCCCGCGUGGGGGGCCUCGACCUGGUGACCCCGCAGACCCCCACCACGUCCCCCCUGUCCCCCGCCUCCACCUCCCCUCCGCCCAACGGCUCCAAGCCCCAACAGGACCAGGGCUCCCCGGGGUCCGCCUCCCCGGAGCAGGGCCCCGCCUCCACCACCCCUGAGGGGGAGGAGCUACCCAAGAUCGACCCCUUCAGCGGCAAGCUAAGGCGCAGCAUCCGCAGGGCCGUGCUGGAGUCUGCAUCGCUGGACAAGAUCACCCCAGAGUCCCGGACCCCCGUACCGGAGCCCUCUCAGAGCAGCGAUGCUGGGGGGGAGAUGUCCCCGUGUCGCUCCCCCUCAACCCCCCGUCAUCUCCGCUACAGACAGCCUGGAGCCCAGUCAGCAGAGAACUCUCGCUGCUCUGUGUCUCCUGCCUCGGCCUUCGCCAUCGCCACGGCAGCAGCAGGUCACGGGUCACCGCCAGUGUACGCUAAUGCAGAGCGGACGUGCGACAAAGACUUCAUCAUCCGAAGAGCCGCCACCAACAGAGUUCUGAACGUUCUGCGGCACUGGGUCUCUAAGCACUCACAGGACUUUGAGAUGAACGGGGAGUUGAAGAUAGGUGUAGUGUGUCUCCUCGAGGAGGUUCUCCGAGAUCCUGAUCUUCUUCCUCAGGAGAGGAAAGCUACGGCCAACAUACUGAACGCUCUCUCCCAAGAUGAACAGGAGGAUGUUCAGCUCAGGAUUGAAGACAUCCUACAAAUGGCCGAGUGUCCGAGGGCCGAGUGCUUUGAGUCUCUGCCUGCGAUGGAGCUGGCUGAACAGAUCACCCUGCUGGACCACAUUGUCUUCAGGAGCAUCCCUUACGAGGAGUUCCUGGGCCAGGGCUGGAUGAAGGUGGACAAGACAGAGAGGACCCCGUUCAUCAUGAAGACCAGCCAGCACUUCAAUGACAUGAGCAACCUGGUGGCGUCCCAGAUCAUGACCCACACGGACGUGGGCUCACGGGCCAACUCCAUUGAGAAGUGGGUGGCCGUGGCCGACAUCUGCCGCUGCCUCAACAACUACAACGGCGUGCUGGAGAUCACCUCCGCCCUCAACCGCAGUGCCAUCUACAGGCUGAAGAAAACCUGGGCCAAGAUCAGCAAGCAGACCAAAGCUCUGAUGGACAAGCUGCAAAAAACGGUCUCGUCGGAAGGCCGGUUCAAAAACCUGCGAGAGACUCUGAAGAACUGCAACCCUCCCUGCGUGCCCUACCUGGGGAUGUACCUCACCGACCUGGCCUUCAUCGAGGAAGGAACGCCCAAUUUUACCGAGGAAGGACUCGUCAACUUUUCCAAAAUGAGGAUGAUUUCCCACAUCAUCAGAGAGAUCCGACAGUUUCAGCAAACCCCGUACAGAAUAGAGCAUCAAGUCAAGGUGACCCAGUAUCUGCUGGAUAAGACCCUGAUCAUGGACGAGGACACCCUGUACGACCUCUCCCUGAAGAUAGAGCCCCGUCUCCCCGCCUGA